CUACUUGUUUAUAUGAAAAAUAUGCCAUGUGGUUAAAAUAAAAUAGGUUAAAAUUCACAAAAAUAUUUUUAAAAAUGUCAUUUUUUAUUAGAAAUAAACAAAAUAGCGGAGGAAUUAAAAGGAAGUUCAAUCAACAUAUUAAAAAAAAAGGAAAAAAGAAAAAUAUAAAUAAAUCUGUACCUGAUGAUAAUGAAAGUAUUGCGAGUACAGAUGAAGAAAUUGCAGAAGAAAAUCAAAGUAGAAAUGAAGAAUAUGAAAGUGAAGAAGAAGAGGAAACAGCUCAGGAAAAACGUAUAAGACUCGCAAAGCAAUAUCUUGCACAAAUUGAAGAAGAAGAAAAAGAUAGAGCAGAAUUUGAAGAAGGAGCAGUAACAAAAAGAUUACGUGAAGAAUAUUUAGAAGAAAAGGGAAAAUUAAGGAAAACUGUAGCUUCAAAUUAUAUUAAUCAUGGUGAACCUAUUAUUUUAAAAUGUAAAGAACAUAAAAGUUCAAUUACAUGCUUAUGUCUUUCUAGUAAUGGAAGAUUCUUAUAUUCUGGUUCAAAAGAUGGUAGUUUAGUCAAAUGGUCUUUGAAAGAAAGAACAAAAUUAAAAGCUAUAAAAGGAAAAAGAAAAUCACAAGAUGGAAUAAAAUGUGUUCAGUGUUUGGCAAUUAGUACUGAUAAUAAAUUUUUGGUAGUAGGAGAUAAUGGUUCUAAAAAUGUUAUGGUAUUUUGUGGAAAUACAUUAAAUCACAUAAAAAAUUUACAAGGUCAUAGAGGUAAUAUUACUUGUUUAGUUUUUCGUAAAGAGACGCAUACGUUGUAUUCUGGUUCCGAGGAUAGGAGCGUAAAAGUAUGGAAUUUAGAUGAUAUGGCAUAUGUUGAAUCUUUAUUUGGACAUCAAAAUGGUAUUACAUCGAUCGAUGCACUUACACGAGAACGAGCUAUUACCAGUGGUGGUUUCGAUGGCACAAUUCGAAUUUGGAAAAUUGUUGAAGAAUCACAACUUAUAUUCAAUGGACAUGGCAGUAGUAUAGAUACUGUAAAACUUAUAAAUGAAGAACAUUUUUUAAGUUGUGGAGCCGAUGGACAAUUAUGUGUUUGGGGUUGUUUAAAGAAAAAGCCUUUGUGUUCAGUGCUAGAUGCACAUGGAAGAGAUAAAAGUAAUAAUCAACCAAUGUGGAUUUCAAGUAUAGCUACUCUUCUUAAUACAGAUUUAGUUGCAUCAGGAUCACAAAAUGGUGUUAUUAGAUUAUGGCAAUGCGGUGAUUCCUUUAGAUCAUUGAAUCCAUUAUUUGAGAUUGAAUUAACAGGGUUCGUAAAUGCAUUGUGUUUCACUCCAGAUGGAACACAUCUUAUUGCUGGAAUUGGUCAAGAACAUAGACUUGGAAGAUGGUGGCGUAUACCAGAAGCAAAAAAUGUUAUUGUUAUAAUACCAUUAAUUCAAACAAAAAAUAAAUAGUUUAUAAUAUGUAAAAAAAGAUUUGGAGUUGUAAAUUGAAUUUAAAUUUUUAGGUAAAUAUAAAUCAUAUCAUUUUUUUAUAUAUUUAGUCUGAACAAACUUUAUUGUACAUAUAUUAAAAAAUGCAUUGUUUGUUAUUUUAUAAUUUUUUAUAUCUAUUCCUAAUAUGCUAUCUUUGAAUAUCUCGUUCACUGUGAAAUCGAAUCGUAGAUAUGCGAAUGAAAUAAAAGAAAUAUUGGUCCACAGUA